GCCGCGCGUCCGCGGUCUACCCUGGCCCGUGCCCCGAACCCCCACUCGCCUUUCUCACACCCGUCGCUUACGCAACUCAGUUCGAAAGGUCGCUAUUGGCAUAGCAUUUAAAUUACUCUCUGACAUUAAAGUUGCAUAUAAAUGUGCGAUGCAGCUUCCCAGUUAAGCUUCUCUGUCGCAACUUUAGUUUGGGAAAGGCGCUGAAAACAUUGCAGUAGAUCGCAGGCCCGAGUAAGGGCAGAUUCGCCGCGACGCAUCGCAUAGUUGCCACCAUGAUCGGAAGGAUUGCACUAUGUAUAUUCGCCUGCACCGUCUACCUGGCGCGUGCCGAAGUAGAUAUCAUCACGGAGCCGCAGGCCGGACAAGAAUACGUCCUAGUGAGCUCAGGUCAACAGACGCCGAUUAGAAAUUUUGAAACGUCACACAAGAUCCCUGAUAAGCAUCCUCAACAUCGCUUCUUCAGACCCGAAGAUGGCAACGAAAAAAUUACCAAAAAGUUAAAUAGUGGUAAAGCCAAACAUCCUUCCGAAGGUAUUGUUGCGAUUGAAGAAGAUAAAAAGGCGUUAUUUAAAAAAGGUUUGAGAGGAAAGUCGCCUGAAUCUGUAGAAAUAGAUCUACCUGUAUCAAAGAUAGAGGGUAUCAAAAUAAAAGAUAUCAGAAAAAAUACUGAUACAAAUCCUAACCUAGAUGUUGAUUUGGAAGCAAUGUCUGAAUCUGGAAAACUAAGUAGUACAUCAGGCACAACUACACAAAAACCUGUUUUGACUACUACAAGGACAGACACUACAAAAGCUUACGACUACAUUCCAAUUAAUUUUGACUCGAUCGAUGACAUAAACACCGGCCUCUUAUCAUCUAAUGUUCAACUUGAAACAGCCGGAUCUGAACAACAAAAUUCAAGGAUUCAAAUUAAGAAGGGUCCUAAUGGCCAAGAUUAUGAAUAUGAAUACAUUUACUAUUAUUACGACGAAGAGGAAGGUGGAAAGAAGGAAAAGGAUGGGAAAGCAAAGAGUUCAACCACAUCAGCUCCAGGAGGUCACAACUCACAUGAUGGGCCACAAAAGGCUGAAUCUGAUAACCAAAUAGGCAAAGAAAAUAAGAGCAAGAGCAAAUACAGUACUAUUGAUAGGACUGGAACAACCACAACGACUCCAGCAACUUCUGAACAGAAUGAAGUCCUUCCAGCAGCUGGUAGAGGUCGUCAGCGCGGCCGCAACGUCUCACCUGCUCCGGUUGAAGAACAAGUCGAAGAAGACAGGUUACCAUCGAGCACUCGCUUCCCGCCACGCGGCCGCAACUUGGCUGCUGCCACAACAACCACAGCUCCUGAACCAUCAACUGAAGUUGUGAGACAACGCGGACGCCCGCAAAUUGACAACAUCGCUGAUGAAUCUAUUGGCCAAACUAGAAGCAGGACACGUGCCCAUAUCAGACGUCCCAGCUCUGAAUUGGUUGACUUAGAUAGCUUUAAGACUGGAGAAUUACCUUCACAAUACAAAGAACCACCGUCAAGGUAUUCAUCAGAAAGCAAAACCACUACAGAGAUUCCUGAAACUUUGCCUACAGCCAAAGAGCCAACUCAUGCCAAAGAUUCUUUGAGGGAAGGUCAUAGUCUAUCUGGAGGUAUUAGAUUCCAAGAAAUAAAUGAUGAUUCCAAAUUGCCGUCUGAUUACAAGCAGACAACAACUUACGAGCAAGACACAACAGAAUACACAACGAUGACUGCAAUGGAAAAAGUGGCGUUAGAUCUCUACGCUUACUUGGCUGGUGAAAAUCUAAAUAAUGAAAUUAAUCCGACCAGCGAUGUAUCGUACGAUGGUACAACAACAGUGGAGGACGAUGCAUGGACAACUGAAGCUCUGAGCACGACAGAGGAAGCAACUACACCGACGACGACGACCACGACCACAACAACCACUACUACAACUACCCCAGCUCCUACUACCACGACUACUACUCCUGCGCCUGUCACUCGUCCUUCUCGGUUUAAGGGGAGACCAGGAGCUCGUGCCAAGGUGUCAUCCACGUCAGCCGCCACUGAAGCCCCUCAAGAGACCUCCACAAGAGCCCGAGGUCGAUUCAGUAAGCCUGGUGGCGUCCGCAGAACCACUGCUGCUGCGUCAGAGGCUUCCACUGCUUCGUCAGCUCCUGUAGAGAAGGCCGUAGUACAACCUAAGGCAUUCGGCCGACGAGGACUGUUCGGAGGCCGUACUCGACCGAGCUCAACCACCGCUGCGCCGGCGCAGGAAGAAAGCAACGGAGCAAGUGAAACUCCCGCGCCGAGGAGCCGCCCCCGCCCUGGACUCCGGAGGCCGUUGACCUCCACCACGGCUGCUUCGGCUCCAGUGGAAGAUGAUGCAUCAUCAGGUUCCGAACCAGCUGAGACCACACCGGCACCAUCUAGGACUAUUGGGCGUCCAAGACCUAACCUAAGACCGGCUUCCCUCCGGCCCGGCGCGAGACUAAACCUGCGCGCCAACCCUCGUCUGAGACCUGGUGCCGUCACGGAGGCAGCUCCGGAAGCACCAGCGGAGACCUCCGCGCCAGAGGUGGCUCCAACAGAUGCCGAAGCGGAGGGAUCAUCGCCGACCCCUGCGCCCGAGCAACCCGUGCGAGGCGGCGUGAGGAUCCGCAACAGACUGCAAGUGGCGCCCUCCCCGAAGCCAAGAGUCACCCAGACCCCCCCACCACGGCGCCCCAACCCGUUGAUCAAGAGGAAGUUGGCUACUACCGAGGCAACUACAGAAGCCGCCAAGAAGUCUUCAACAGAGGUGACAGAAGAGAGUACGAGCGCUGAAAAGAGCGAGACGGAGACAGAGGCGCCACCAGCGGAGACGACCCCAGCGCCCCCUCUGAGAGGCCUCGACGCCCUCAUCGCCAGAAGGAGGGCCGCCGGCGGUAUUGGAGCCAGGCCCGUGAGGCCGGUUAGGGGAGCCCCCAAAUAAAUAAUUAAGUCUACCCGUACUGGUUAAAAGUCAGUGGCGUCUCACAGAACGUUAUUAGUUAUUCCUUGUACUUCACCUGUGAACUCGAAUGCUCUAGGGAUACCUCUGUGAUUUGGCAUCCCUCUUCCCAGAUACAUAAAACUUGGGGAUUUUCAAGGCAAGAGUGAAUAGGCACUAUUUGAGCUUCCGUGCACCAUCUUAGGCCUCAACUUGCUUACUACCAGACAGAUUGAGGUCAGACGGACUCAAAUAUAAUAUAAAAAAAUCACAUUGUUGAGUUCGUUAAUUUCUCGUGGAAUUGCUCUUGGUUUUGAGAACAAACCCUUAUAUGUUAUUUAACGGUGAUCACGGCUCUUAUAUUUCGCAUCCAUCGCAAAUAAUAGCCUUCAUCUAUUAAAGGUUGAGGCGAAAUGAGUAUUUCUGAUAUACCUACAUUAUAUGGACUAAUCUUCCUACUCAAUAUACCUACAUAACUAAAUAGCUGAUCGCUGCAUCAAAAACGUACUUACCUACGGUUAACUUAUAGAAAUGUUUCCAUCAACUUUUUAUUUCGAUAACACUGAUUUAGGCAAACGCAUAAAUGAGUGUAGUUCAUUUUAUUGUUAGGCGCGUAAAUGUAAUCUAAAUUUGGUUUUGUGAUGGUCACAAUUUAAAAACAGAUGAAGUACAAGGAAAAUAAUCUAAUAAUAAUUAGUACUAAUAAUUAUACAUUAGUACUAGUAAUUACAAUAACUAUAUGUUGUUUUGUGCAGACGCUCAUUAUUCUUUAGUCAAUUUACUCUCCAAACUAUUUAGACUUAGUUUAUAUAAUAAUGAAACAAUCUGAGAUUUUUCUUUCGUAGUUUUCUAAAACUUUGUAACAAUAUUUACCUACUUAUUACUUGUGAACUUGAUGAGAUACCUACCUGUAAAUAUUAGUAAGUAAUUAUACUGCAUUAUGUCCGAGUAUAUUUUGAUGAAGAAUUUAAGAUCAUUGUAAUGGUCUUCAACAAAAUGACAUCAUAAUUAUACUCACCAAAGGUUCGCUGCAAAUUUUUGUGUCACCAUUUUUUAAUGUUCGAAAUAUUUCCUUACCAAUAAUUUUUGAGCUUUAGAUCAUUCAAAUAUUUGCCACGUUACGUAGCAAUAAAUUAAUUAGUUAUAAAAAAAAUAUGAUACGAAUAUUAAAUUAUCAUUUUUUUAAAUCGUUUUGUAUUUGAAUUAAGAGUAAAAAAAUCCCAACAAAAUUAUACUCUUUCAGUUAAUUUAUUCUGUAAAGUGAAUCUUUUAGUCUAAGCGAAGUCGUAUAUUAGUUCCAUCACCAAUAUCUUGGUUUGCUGAAGCACUGAACUAUAGUGCCAUCGUGAUAUGUCUUAUAUCUUUCUUAAGUGUGAUAAUA